CCUUCUGGCCUACAUCUCACACUACACUUUUUUUCUCCUGAAAAAAAUAUUAAAUAAAUUAUUUGAUGUAUUCCAUUUCGAAAAAGUAAACAAAAUUUUAGUAAAUAAAAUUGAAUCGAAAAAUGCCCGGGAUAUUUGGCAGCUGUCCGACUAAUCGCCUCGGGCCGCAUCUUCUGCAGAUAUCGCGAUGUUUAAGCUACCACGUCCCGCUCUUCCGGCCACGUAGUAUCCUGCAGGCCCGCAAGUUAAGCCAGCUAUGUUGCAGUGUGUCCUCGCGAUCGCGAUCGGGUGCCUUCAGUCAUGCCAAUAUCCGGGUACAGCCGUACUCUCAGAAGGGCACCAGUGUCUUCACCUACAACGAUAAUGUGGACAUGUCGCGUAAACGAGUCAGCUUCUCGGGAGCAUCGGAAAAAAAGAACCAGCUUCUACCAGUGGGUCUAAUCACCCCCGAGUCUGACAGUGGCAAGCAGGUGAAGAUUGUGGUUGUGCCUUUGGACCUGUCCACCAUGGAUGCUAAUACAUUGAAGGAGACCCUUGACACCAUCAAUCAACUACGCCUCUACGCAAACCACAUCGAAGAUUUCUCCAAUACCAUGAUGGAAGAGUACAACGCUCUGAGCGAUGCAAUGCAAGAGGUGGAGGAAACAACUACGGAACUAGCCGAGGUGCAGCAAGAACUAGAGCGGGCGAGGCAAGAAAUAAACAGUGAAAAUAAACAGUUCUGGGAGUCCUUAAACGCCACACCAUUGUCGGCCGAUGUGGACGCCGUGGCGGAUCGCACAAACUUCAGUCGAGCUGGCCUGGGCCUAGGACGUGGCACACCUAUGGAGGAACGGCAGGAGGCGGUCAGCAGCUGCCUUCAGGCCGGAUUGGCUCAGACGGCUCCAAUGACAGCAGAACCACAGACUGCUGCUCCCAAUUUUGACAUCAAGUCGACCUCCACCCUGCCGCAUGCUCUGGGUUCCCAAAAUCCCACUCAAUUUACUGCUUUCGGUGCCAACUUGAAUGAUCCUCUCAUGAGGGAUGACUUUAUAGAGGAGGUACGUGUGGAUGUGCCUAAAGAUAUGAGCAGUCGUCUCAAUGAGUUGGCCGUCUCCUCAAUGGAGCUGUCCUUCGAGAUGGACAUGACAAACCUUAAGGACGCAUUGGCCAAUCCGCACACCGACGAUGCGAACCUUCAAGAUCCCAUGAUUUGUAUGCACACAAAGGUGGAAAUGGAUGCACCCGGAACAGUGGAGCAUACAGUGCCGCUCAGGUUCAACGCUUUGAUUUCUGGCGUGGUGGAGCUGGACACAGAGAAGCUAAACGCUCAUCAGAUCACGGACGAAAAGAUGCCUGGGUUCAAUGACGACCUUACCUCGCUGGCAGCCAAUCUGUGCAGCACGGCUCUGGAGAAGGGCUUCUCCUCAUCCAGUUCAAAUAGCUUUAUUGGUGACCUGGAGAUGACCAAAAAUGAGGAAAUGCAGAAAGAUAUGCUCAUCGAUACGUCUCUGAUGCAUCCCGCUGCCCACGUGGGUCAUUUGGCUCAGGAAAUGAUGGCAGCCGUCGUUCCUGACGUUAAGGAGGAAGUUGAGGGCAAAGAUGGCUGCAAGCAUCCGCCAGUAAAGCCAAAGAAGAAGUGUCCCGGAAAGUGUCCUCUGAUCACUGAUCCCUGCAAAGAAGACCCCUGCAAGCGUCCAGAAAAGACCAAGAAGCCGCCAAAAAAGAAGGCUUCCAGCGCCUUAGAUGUAACCGCCCAGGCUUCCGGCGACAAAUGUGACAAGAAAAAGAAAGAUCCUUGCGCCAAAAAAAAGGGUGGCGGUAAAAAGAAAGAUCCCUGCGCCAAGGACGGAGGCAAAGGUGGCAAGGACAAGAAGGAUCCCUGUGCCAAGUUUAAGAAAGGAAAAGAUAAAAAGAAGGAUCCCUGCGCCAAGAAGAAGGAUCCUUGCGCAAAGAAAGAAAAAAAGAAGGAUUCUUGCGCAAAGAAAGAAAAAAAGAAGGAUCCUUGCGCAAAGAAAGACAAAAAGAAGGAUCCUUGCGCAAAGAAAGAAAAAAAGAAGGAUCCUUGCGCAAAGAAAGACAAAAAGAAGGAUCCUUGCGCAAAGAAAGACAAAAAGAAGGAUCCUUGCGCAAAGAAAGAAAAAAAGAAGGAUCCCUGCGCCAAGAAAGACAAAGGUAAGAAGAAGGAUCCCUGCGCCAAGAAAGGAGACAAAGGUGGUAAGAAGAAGGAUCCCUGCGCCAAGUUCAAAAAAGGAGGGAAAGAUAAAAAGAAGGAUCCCUGCGCCAAGAAAGGAGGCAAAGGUGGCAAGAAGGAGGAUCCUUGUGCCAAGUUCAAGAAGAACAAGGGCGGCAAAGAUAAGGGGUGCAAGUUCUCCACCUAUGCACCCAAUGACUUCAACAAACGCUACCUUUCCACUGUUCUUGGCCAGACUGGAUCUCCGCGAGGACCUCGUUUCCUGGUCUACUCCACUCGAGUACGCCGCAACUACCGUAUCCCCACCUCGAAGAACACUCCUUGCCAGUGUCCCAUGUGCCAGGGAAAACGUUUACUGACCGAUACUGUCGAAACUCCAGCCCGUUUUGUCAUAAAUUCCUCCCUAAUGCGUCGCCGUUUUGGAAGCUUGAGUGGCAUGGACCUCAUAAAGCGAUCCUAUUCAAAGAAGAAGAAGAAGAAGUCGCCUGGCAAGUGCGGUUCAAUGGCGCAAAAGUAUCCGAAGAGCCGCGGCAAGGACCAAAAGGAACGAACGGGCCUCCGACUGGACUGCUUUAAAAGUGAUGACGACUGCGCCAUCAAGGGAUGCUCCGGCCAUUGCGCCAAAGUCAAGUUCCCCCGAAAGAAGUGUGAGAAGAAAAAGAAGAAAAAGAGCCCCAAGAAAAGCAAAAAAGCCAAAAAAAGCAAAAAGGACAAAAAGGGGUGUGGAAAGGGCAAAAAGAGCAUUACGCUGAUUAAAGAUGCCCGCCUGCCCCUGAAGUACUGGUACCAGUGCCAAAGAUCGUUCAGUACACGUUCCGCCUGCCAAAUCAAACCUGACCUCAAGCCUGGCCUCAAUGGGAAGGCGUAUGCCGUAAGAAUUCCGAAUCCCUACAAAAUAGACAUGGUUCCAGUUUCCAGGCCAACUCCAACCGACUUUGAUGUACUGGUUCGAACGAGUUCCGUGGCCAUAUCGGGUUCCGACAUCCAUGUCUACGAAAGGGGCAACAGUGUUGUAGAAUCCAUAACCUUGGGUCACGAUGCCACCGGAUUCGUGGAAGAGGUGGGGCGCUCUGUCCGAAAUUUACGGGUGGGUGAUCGCGUAGUCAUGGAAUCGGCGCUGUCUUGCGGCAUCUGCGACUUGUGCAAACGGGGUCAGUACAAUAUGUGUUGCGGCAUGGUCUACAAUGGAUUCCUGGCAACCCACCAAACGCAUCCGGGAGAUCUUUGUCAUCGUUUAUAUCCAUCCAUUAGCAUGGAUGAAGGUACCCUCGUCGAAACACUGGCCCUGGGUUGCCAGGCCUGCCUCACCGGCAGUGUAACACCUACGAGUAACGUCCUCAUAAUCGGCGCCUGUCCAACAGCCGUGUCAGCGGGUCUUUGUGCCAAAGCCCUUGGCGCCAAGCGUGUGGUUAUUGGUGGACCGAGUGGAAAAGCUCUGGAAGCGGCGUCAAGAGACUUUGGUUUCGACACCGUUCCCAUCGAAGAGAACUCUCUGUUCGGCGAGGUGUUAGAGGCCAUGUACUGCAAGUUCCACGACUGGCCCGAUCGUGUCAUUAAUUGUUCCAUCUCGGCACUGACCAUGAACCUGGCCGUAAUGGCGCUGCAACCCAGUGGUAUUUGCGUCCUGGCCGAGUGCGGUACGGAAUGCGCCAGCUUCAAUGCCCUGGACGUCCUGAUGAAGAACAUCCGCUUGAUACCCAGUUUUCGUAGCGCGAAUAUGUAUCCAACCGCCCUGCAGCUUAUGAAAUCGGGUCGAGCUCCCAUGCAUAAAUUCAUCGCCGGAACCUUCCCAUUGAGCCACGCGGAGGAGGCCUUCCGUACUGCCCAAGAGGAAUCCAACGAGGGCCUCGGAAAAGUAAUUGUCAACUGUGCUGACGAAACUGGUCUCGAGGCGAGCCAAAAGCAAAAAACCUCUUAAGAGAAGUCUUAAAAGUCUUAAAAAAAAAUUAUCGUUUUCUUUAUGAAUACAAUGUCUAAAGAACACAAGUUAAAUAAAUCUUCAAUUUUAGUUAAAA